AUGCCCCGCGCGACUUCAGACCGGUUCACCCGGGCGCACCAGCCCUCCGCAAAAGCAAAAUCAUCAAACGCGGAGGCGGGGCCUUCCUCUGCGACCCGGAAUCCCAUCUUCAACACAGAACGGUUCGGCCAGCAUAUCCUCAAGAACCCGCAAACAGCUCAAUCCAUCGUAGACUUAGCGAACCUACGCCCGACGGACAAGGUGCUGGAAGUCGGUCCUGGUACCGGCAACCUGACGGUGCGCAUCCUCGAGAAGGCGAAGCAUGUCACCGCGGUGGAGAUGGACCCCCGCAUGGCGGCCGAGUUGACGAAGCGAGUGCAGGGCAAGCCGGAGCAGCGUAAGCUCGAGAUCAUGAUCGGUGACUUCGUCAAGGCCACGCUCCCCUACUUCGACGUCUGCAUCUCGAACACGCCCUACCAGAUCUCCUCCCCGCUCGUCUUCCGCCUGCUCUCGCACCGGCCGCUCUUCCGCGUCGCGGUGCUGAUGUUCCAGCGCGAGUUCGCGACGCGGCUCGUCGCGGUCCCCGGCUCCGCGCUCUGGUCGCGCCUGUCCGCGAACGUGCAGCUGUACGCCAAGGUCGACCUCGUCAUGAACGUCAGCAAGAAUAACUUCCGGCCGCCGCCCAAGGUCGAGAGCAGCGUCGUCCGCGUCGUGCCGCGCGACCCGCCGCCCCCGGUGGAGUUCGCGGAGUUCGACGGGCUGGGGCGGAUCGUGUUCGGGCGGCGGAAUAAGGUCGUGCAUGCGAACUUCCAGGCGAAGGGCGUGAUGGAGAUGCUGGAGAGCAACUGGAAGACGUGGGCCUCGGUCAACAAUGCGAUUGUUGAAGAUGGAGUGGACUUCAAGAAGAAGGUUGAGGAUGUGCUGGAAGAGGCCGGGUUCUCGGAGAGUCGAGCGGCGAAAAUGGACAUCAACGAUCUCCUAAAACUGCUGUCGGCGUUCCAUGACGCAGGCAUACAUUUUGCAUGA